AAAUGUGCAGAGUGCAAAUACUACUAAGAACAUAACAGGGCUUUAAGCAAAUGCCUGGAGAUGGUCACAUUAAAUAUCUUUGACACUUAAUACGUUACAAAGUGUAUUCAAACUAAAUGUAAAUUAUUUGACCAGGUGUAGUAAGUCCGUUAUAAGCUUCAGCGUAACCCAAAGUUGUCUGACCGUACUUUUGUUCCACAGUGGAUACUUCUUAAAGGACACUAUGGGUUGUGAAAAAGAUUGCUGCAAUGCCUUUCUCAGAUGUCUUUUUGAUUAUGGAACACCUGUUACAUUAGUUAUCAGUAACAAAAAAGUGGGUUUCAUCUUUAGAUUGAUCCAGUUAUUGAUCAUUACUUAUGUCGCUGUGUAUGUAUGUUGGAUGAAGCGGUUUUACCAGGACACAGAUUCCGUUAUCAGCUCUGUCAGCACAAAAGUGAAGGGAAACAUUCUAACCAAUUCAUCAGCUGAGGGGGCUCAUGUUUGGGAUGUGGCUGAAUAUGUUAUUCCCCCUCAGGGUGAAAACUCUUUCUUUGUGAUGACAAAUAUGAUCGUCACUCCUGGACAGACACAGGGCAGCUGUCCUGAGGCUCUAAGUGAAUUUACUCGUUGUGAGUCAAAUAUUGAUUGCAAAAUUGGACUCAAUGAGGUCCGUGGCAACGGGGUUCAGACGGGCAGGUGUGGAAAAUAUUCUGAGACCAUAAAAACCUGUGAAGUGUUUUCAUGGUGUCCUAUCGAAAAUGACAACAUAAUACCCAAAACCGCUGUGCUUGGUGAUGCAGAAGACUUCACAGUGCUCAUUAAAAACAACAUACACUAUCCAAAGUUCAAUUUCAAAAAGCGAAACAUUCUGGAUUAUAUCAACACUUCAUACUUAAAAACUUGCACCUUUAAUCGCAAAACAGACCCAGACUGUCCCAUUUUCCGUUUGGGGGACAUUGUUGCUGAAGCAGGAGAAGUCUUCAGUGUCAUGGCUGUUAAAGUCUGUAUCUUCAAUAAUUUGUUUUUUAUAAAAAAUGUAGUGUUUAAACAUUCUGAUAAAUUUGAGAAAAGUGUGAAAGUGUUUUCAAUGUUAAAGGGUGGUGUUAUUGGGAUUUUCAUUGACUGGAGCUGUAACUUGGACUUCCCAGAACGUUUUUGUGUGCCAAAGUAUUCUUUCAGCAGAUUGGACAAUAAACACAUUGAAAAUAAUGUGGCCCCUGGAUACAACUUCCGCUUUGCAAAAUAUUUUAAAACCAGUGAAAAUGUUGAAACACGGACAUUGAUCAAGGCCUAUGGAAUCCGCUUUGAGGUCAUAGUUUUAGGCGAGGCUGGUAAGUUCAGCAUUGUGCCCACCAUUGUAAAUCUUGGGGCAACCCUUGCCUUACUUAGUUUGGCGGGUGCUGUUUGUGACUGGUUCAUGCUUACUUUUAUGAAAGAUAGUGACUACUAUGCCAAACACAAAUUUAUUCACCUAAACGACAGAAGUGACAGUGGUGUGCCAUUGGUGAGUAAAAGUCAACUCUUUAGUUUUAUAUUUAAUAUUUAUUUAUGCAAAUUAUAUAUUUUUAUUGUUAUAGAGCUCUGUUGGGACACCUUCAUAUGGGACUCCAUAAUGUAGUGAAU